AUGAACUCUGACAACACUGACGAUAACAUGAACACUGACAACACUGACGAUAACAUGAACACUGACAACACUGACGAUAACAUGAACACUGACAACACUGACGAUAACAUGAACUCUGACAACACUGACGAUAACAUGAACUCUGACAACACUGACGAUAACAUGAACUCUGACAACACUGACGAUAACAUGAACUCUGACAACACUGACGAUAACAUGAACUCUGACAACACUGACGAUAACAUGAACUCUGACCAACACUGA